GCUACGUAAUAGGCGAGAAAACUGAGAAAUAGUAAGUGUUAGAUUAUUACAUUAGCUCUGAAUCCAAGAAGGAACAUUUUGAAGUUGUGAAACUGCGUCUAUAAGGUUUUUGAUACCUGUCACUGACUGCCGUACAAAUACUCAAAAAUCGUUUAAAAUUGGAGAAAUUUAUUUUGCCGUUUUGACAACAUAACCGUACUGAAAUAAUGCGGCGUGCUGGGACCGGGUAUUCCCCUGUGGGGGGACAACAACGGUCGGUUUAUGGGGAGGAGAAUGACCGUAUGGAAGAGGAAUUAAAACAUAAAGUUUCCGCUCUUAAAACUUUGACAAUUGAUAUAGGAGAAGAAGUCAGACUACAGAAUCGGGAAUUAGCAGGUAUGGACGAUGACAUGGACAAGGUGGGGGGUUUUCUCGGAUCAACGAUGGGUCGACUGAAGGGAAUAGCGAGACACGGAUACGGAAAAAUGUACUGUUACUUAUUCCUCUUUGCUAUGGCGGUGUUUUUCGUCAUGUAUUGGAUGAUAAGACUGAAAUGAGAGGAAAUUUUCAAAGUUAUACAGAUUUAAGAUGAAUUUAGAUACGGAUUAAUGGCUUGGAUAGUUUGAAUACUACUUGAAAUUUGGAGAGUUGUUCUCGGAAAAUAAUGUCCAUGGACUUUGAAGUGAAGGGGUAGAAUUUUAAACGCUAAACUCACUCAAAUAAUGGCUUGAUAUAUUCUGAAAAAUUCUUCUUGGGUCAUCUUUGAAAUUUUAACGCACAGUGCAAUUUGGAAGAAAAUAUCUUGAGUCUAGUUUAGUACCACAUGUACUCCUAGGUUUGGGUUAGGAAUGACAUAUGCGAAAAAUUUAUGCCAUGUCUACUAGAAGUUAUUUGGGUAAGAAACUGCACAAGACCCGGUAUCUCUUGAGAGAAUUUUUUUUAUAAAUCUGUGAACAUUGUGGAAACAUUAGUUUGAAGAUUGGAAUUUGGAUAUUUCUUGAAAUUUCUUGAUAUUUCUUGAAAUAUCAACUCAAUAUCUUGUAUAUUUUUUCUGCUAUUUGGAGAAGAAACUUUACAAUAUCAUUGGACUUUGUGCUUGUUGCGAAUGAUUUGAACUUGAAUUUUUCGACUCUUUUUCAUUUCAAAUUAUUCAGUCAUUCAGCAAUCCUGCAUUCAGACUAAUUUUCACAAUAGUGUGAUCAGUGUGCCAAGCCUGCCCUUUGUUUUUCUGAUGAGGCAAAUAUCAAGUCAUUGCUUAAGUCGAAUUUAAACCGGGAUAUUUCUAAUAUCAAGUGGGUACAAACAGUGGUGCAGCCUAGGGGUUUCCGGUGUCGAAAUUCCUUUUUUGAAAUUAUUGAAAGACUGGAAAAUUCGCUAAUAUUAAGUGCGCUUGCAUUUUGCGAAAAAUUGUUGAUCGUUUUAGACAUUUUAGAUUCUCGUAGGCUGUAGUUGUCAUUGAAAAAUACGGUGAAAAAGCUGGCUCUUUUAACGAGCGCGCAAUCACAGCAACUGUUUCAUAAGGAAAUGAGAUUUGUCGAUUUUAAAACUCAUAUUUUUUGAAAAUCUUGGCUGCGAUCCUUGGUACAAAAAUACAGUAGGUAUUUGUCAUAGGUCAGUUCUUUCAGUGAACCACCCUGCUAUGGCGAGGAGAUGUAAAUUGGCACAAAAGUUCAGGAGAGGCAAUAAAAUGGCGACCGUAUGAUAAGCUAACUUAUUUUUUUCUUGUGGGACCAACGAUCAAUAUAUAUUAACUUAUAGCCACUGCCUUGGUCGGAUAUACUUUAAAAUUUAACUGAUUUAUAACUGCAUUUGAUUUUUUUUUAAGUUUGAAAUAUACAACUAAAAAUACUAUAAUGACUUCAUCUGCAAAAUAAGGAAAAGGUUAGAACCGCAUAUCUACACAAAAUGUAAUUUCAUCAUUUUCUUUUGAUUGUUUGUACGGUUACAUGCUAACGAGGUCAUGUUCAAUCAAUCAGAAGAAAACUUGUUUUAGGGAAAUGCUUGGAAAUGGAAAAUUGGCGUGUAUAAAACAAUAAAAUUCUUUCCUGAUGAAAUAAUUCCUUCUCGACUGGGAAACGCUGCUGUAAAGGAGUGCUAACGUCACCUUUUUAUGUUUUUUUUUUUCAUACUUUGUGGAAGCUUACCUCGAUGAACCAAAAAGUCGUAUCGCUCUCUCCUGCCUAUACCAAAACAAUUUCAAUUGCUGUUGCCAUUUUAUGAAUGACUGUAUUUUUUCGGUAGACGAAAGAAUAAAUCUCUCUCUCUCGCGCGCGCUCUAAAACGCCAAUACUAUAUGCGACUCACGAAAUGGAAAAUUGUUUGCUGACCGCUGAAAUGAAGAAUUAUAUUUUGUCUUGUUGCCAAAAUAGCGUCUCCUAACUUUUGUUUAUUUAUUUUUCAAAGAUUUUAUUUUGCUUUUUUAAUUAUUUUUUGUCACGACUGGUGUUGUAAUUGGUGCUGCCUAUUAUUAACUGCUUUGCCAUAACAGUUUAAGUAAGCUAUUCGGUGUGUUUGUUGUUAGUUAUUGUUAUUUGUGUACAUUAUUGCUCAUGCCAGAGUAUUUUCAAAUCUAUUUGAAUGAAAUAUUUUUGACGCCAAUCUCAUGUUCUUGUACAAUGUUUAUCAGGGAUGCCCAAAACUCAAUCAACUGUUCGAAGAGGUUCAAAAUUAUUUAAAUUUAAUUUAAAAAUCUUUGAUUUUAGGGAUAAAUUAAAAAAGUUUAUGUAUGAUGAAAAAAAAUUUAUUCAAUUUCAUAAAACUUAAAAAAUCUUUCUUUUAUAUCCGAAAAUGUUUUUUAGGAUGUAUUUGAAAUAAUGAACAAUUCGGUUUCGUCUAUUUCCCCAAAACUUAAUUUUGUUUGAUAUUUUUGACAUAAAACUGUGGGAAAUUGUGAUAUUUUUUUUCUAUUUAAUAUUGGUCUUCAGAAUGUAUUCGAAAUUGGGCUUCCCUGCUCUUAGAAAAUAUAUAUUAAUGUUAUUAUAGUUUAUUACAGA